CAAGGUUUAGGCCACCUUACCAGCCCAGCCCUCCUCCUGGUAUGAUGCCCUCUAAUGUCCCAGGUAGCAACUGGCCAGGAGGUAACAUUGCCAGCUCAAUGGGGCCAGUCAGAAUGCAACCACAGCAGCAACCACAGCGGAUGGUUACUUUCAUGCCACAUGACAUAAAGAUUCCAAAACAACCAAAGCCCCCAGAGAAGCCUCUUCAACCAUACAUGAGAUACAGCAAAAAGAUCUGGGAUCAAGUAAAAAGUCAACACCCAGAGCUUAAGUUAUGGGAAAUUUCAAAGAUUGUUGGAGAAAUGUGGAAAAAUCUAAGUGAUGCUGAGAAAAAGAGUUAUACUGAUGAUUAUGAAGCUGAAAAGAUAGAGUACAAGGAAUUAAUGAGGGACUACCACAAUUCAACAGCCUACCAGCAGUGGCUUGAGGCAAAGGGAAGAGCCCAAGCUGCUCUGCAAGAACAACAGGCAAUGGAAAAAAUGAUUGGGGGUCCGAUUCCUAGAGACGAGCCUCGUUUUCAAAUACAACAGAUAGAGGAUGACGAUGAUGAUGAUAUGUUCUCUGCCAAGCAUAUUGCAGCAGCAAGAUUUCAUCGCAAUCAUAAACUUAUCGCCGAGAUUUUCAACGAACAGGCUGUCCCCGACAUCAAAACUAUUGUGACAAGACCAAGGCUUGAAAAUCUGAAAAAGCAAGUCCAAUCUUUGAUGCAGCACCAGCGCAAGCUUGAGCAGGAGAUUGAAGAAGCUGAACAGAGACACGAAGCUAGGAAACGUAAAAUCCUGGAAAGUAGUGAAAAGUUUCAACAGGAAUUGAAGAAACUUAAAGAAAAGCCUAUUCCAACCGGCACAUCGCCUGAACCUGCAGUGAAUGAAGACCAGGAUAGUCCAUCAGCCACAACGACUGACGAGACAAAAGAUGCGGAGGCAAAACCCCCCUCGGCCAGUCAAGAAGCAGAAGAAAAAGAGUAAAGACAGAUGAAAGUUGUUUUGGGCGAUGAACAACUGCACACCUUCAAACGACUGAGCAACCACCCAAUCACUCGGGUGUAAGAAGCACGAAAUAACUUAAAAUCAUUGUUGCGAUUGCUUUUGAUGAGGGCAGGCUUAGUCAUUGAUGGCUGCAGAUUUUCAUCUCCCAAGCAACAGUACUUUCAAGGGAACUGGAUAUAUCGGGUGAUGGUAGCUAAGAACCGAUAUUAUGUAGUUAUUCUGAAUAAAGCGAAUUGCGUAGUGUCACCCCUGCUAAUGAAACUUGUUUAAAAUGGGCUGCCGACGUUUAGCCAAGACAGCUCUGCCGAAUUUUUUAACCGGCACGAACUGUAGCCGUAGGUUCUCCUCCCAGGCAAUACACACAGAUGAGUCGAUUGUUGGUCGUUUUUUCUGUAUUGAGUUUAUAAACCCAGAUAGGCAGAAUUUGGCUUCGUUUUGUAAAGAAAUAUUUCCUAGGGAUAUCUUUUACUUCGAGAAGAAAAAAGUUUGUUUUUUUCUAGAAUUGAUUUUUUGACAUUUGAAUACUAGGAAAUGUCGUCAUGUUAGUUUUGUGCUUGUUCAGAGGUUCAAAAAUACUCUGCACCCCUUCUCUCUUGCCCCUUUUGACUUUUUUAAAUAAUGUCACAGAAAGAAAUAGUCUGAAAGAUAGCAAUUUAUAAUGGUCUAAAAAUAUCAAGAUGAAUAAUUACCAUCAAUGGAUAAGCAUUUAUUUCUGACAGAUAAAUUUUUAUUGAGUUAAAGGUCUGUGAACUGCUUUAUUUUAAUUGUAGAGAACAUUUAGUCC